AUGGCGUCCAACAACCCGCUCGACAGUACAAUAGAGGCCCUUCGCUCCCAGAUCUCCGCCUGCGAAGCCCAGCUCCAAGCCCUCAAGCUCCAACUCGCGGAAGCCGAAGCCCGCGCCAAUUCUACGGGCCCAUCAUUACUUUCCACGCAGUACGACCAAGACAUGACCAACGGCGUCCCCAAUGCCUGGCAAACAGACUCCCUCUCCGUCCUAGGCCAGACCAACAAUGAGUCAAAUCCCCCAAGCCAAGCCUUGGACCAAAGUCCCCAGAAAUGGCCCCUAACAAACGACGAAUACAAACGCUACGGCCGCCAACUAAUCAUGCCCGAGAUUGGACUGCGCGGCCAGCUCCGUCUCCGCGCCGCCUCCAUCCUGAUCAUCGGCGUCGGCGGGCUCGGCUGCCCGGCCGCGGCCUACCUAGCCGGCGCAGGCGUGGGCAAGAUCGGCCUCGUCGACGGCGAUAUCGUCGAGGUCUCGAAUCUGCACCGCCAGAUCCUGCAUAGCACCGCGACGCUCGGGAUGCUGAAGGUUGACAGCGCGGUUAGUUACCUAAAGGCACUGAACCCGGGGGUGGAAUACGUGGCGUAUCGUGAGCGGUUGACGCCGGAGAGUGCUAUUGAGACCUUCCAGUCCUAUGACCUUGUGCUUGACUGCACGGAUACGCCGGCCUCGCGCUACCUCAUCUCAGACGCCUGCGUUCUCCUCGGCAAGCCCCUGGUCUCGGCCUCGGCGCUGCGGACCGAGGGCCAGCUCAUGGUGCUGAACCAGCCCGCUAGACCACCUGGAGAUGCGUCUGGAGGGCCGUGCUACAGGUGCGUGUUCCCCAAGCCCCCGCCGGCGGCGAGCGUGGUGAGCUGCGGCGAGGGCGGGAUCCUGGGGCCGGUCGUGGGGGUCAUGGGGGUGCUGCAGGCGCUCGAGGCGAUCAAGCUUGUUGCGGGUCGCACAGGGACCGAGAGCGUCGAGCCGAAUGGUGGGCAAGAAAGCCAGACGAACCCCGAUCCACCGUCGUUGUUGCUGUUCUCCGCAUACGGCAGCCCCCAGUUCCGCUCUAUUCGUCUCCGCUCCCGGAAGCCGAAGUGUGCGGCUUGUUCGACGCAUGCGACUGUGACGCCUGAGGCGCUUGCUUCGGGGUCGUUGGAUUACGUGCAGUUUUGCGGCUUCAUUGGUCCGGUUGAUGCGCUGUUGCCCAGCGAGAGGCUCACUGCGUACGAGCUUGCGGCUGACCUUGCGAACACUGACAUGCACGAAGCAACGGCAAGGAGGGUGGGCACUGCCAGGCCGGUUAUAGUCGAUGUCCGCGAGAAGGUCCAGUUCGACCUGUGCAGCUUGCAGGGCAGCACCAACGUGCCGUUCUCUGAGAUAUCUACAGGUGGAGAAAGUGAAGAGUGGCUGGCGAAACUCCGCUCGGUAUCCCCAGAGCAGCCCAUCCUGGUGGUUUGCCGACUUGGAAAUGACUCUCAAGUGGCUGUUAAGAAGAUGAAGGAGGCUGGUUUGCAUGGGGACGGAAAGAGGUGGGUUGGGGAUCUGAGGGGCGGCUUGAGGGCUUGGAGGGAAAACGUUGAUCCCGAGUUUCCGGAUUACUGA